AUGUCGGCGCUUGUUGCACUCAUUAGGCCUUACGGGGCCUGGCAACUAGUUGCGCGUCAAAACUGCAACGUAGUUCUUUGGAGAAGAAAGAGUCCCUUCUGCGCUCCGAUUGGAGAUAAGGCAGGAAUAGGACAGACCAGCUGUGAUUCUUACAGAUCUCAUCUAAUCUCUAUUGGGCGAGAAUGGCAAGCAUUAUUUGAUGAAGCACGAGAAAAACUAGUUAAAAUUGUUAAUCUUUCUAAAUGUUUAAGAAAUGACAUUCAAACAUUUCCAGGAUAUGAAAGAGUUUUAAAGGAAUUCGUUGACUCACUUAUGGUUGCAGUAAUGGGUCUCAAUCAUGGAAUAACAGAAAAAAUUAUAGAAUUUGAAAAAAAUAUUGACGGGAUUGACGAAUCUAAAAUAGGAAAUGAUUCAGUGACAACGCGAAUUCGUGCUAGAGAAAUAUUACAUCAUGCCUAUCGAACGGGAUUUGAAUAUUACAAAGAACUUUCCAAAUGUAUACUUUGUGAUGAAAGAUGUAUCAUAGUAAACAAUCUAAAUUAUUUUGCUUUUUUGUGGAUGGAUUUUGUAAAAAAAUAUUGUGAACGGGGCAGAGGUCUAAGGCCGCGUUGGGCGAACCACGGACUUGAAUUUUUAAUGUUAGUAUGUGACCCUAUAAAUACGAAAUACCUUACACAAAAAGAAUUUGAUCAACUUAAGAUAUCAAUGGAUCAUUGCAUUUCCCAUGUUGUUGGUAGUACAUUGGAAAGGGAUGCAAGUUCGGAAAGAGAAAAUUUUAGAAAAAUUCAUGGAUCUAGAGCACCAUCACCCCACUGUAGUAGUCGAACUUCUAAUAUGAGCCUAUCGAAUAACUCACCGAUUCCAUUGAAAGCUGUAGAUUCAAAACAAUUAAAAUUAACGACUUCGACGUUCGAUUGUGAAGCUUCCACGCCGCUAUAUCAAUCAGUUGAAAAAAUGUGUCGAUAUAAAAGAGUAGUAUUAGCGGUAAAAAAACUAGACUAUCAAGUUGAUCAAAAGUUAAGGUGUAGGGAACUAAUAGGACAGGUUGUAGAUAGAACAAAUGUAGAUGAAGUCAAGAUUAAAGUUAGAAGAGUUAAUUUCACGUGGCAAAGAGGAAUAAAAAUAGGACAAGGAAGAUUUGGAAAAGUAUACACAGUCGUUAAUAAUCAAACAGGGGAGCUUCUUGCUAUGAAAGAAAUUCAAUUACAGCCAGGAGAUUAUAGAGCUAUUAAACGAGUUGCUGAAGAAUUACAGAUAUUUGAAGCAAUUCAACACAAAAAUCUUGUUCGAUACCAUGGAGUAGAAAUUCAUAGGGAAGAGAUGCUUAUUUUUAUGGAAUUUUGUGCUGAAGGAACUUUAGAAAGUUUAAUAGCUGGUAGUGGGAAUGGACUUCCAGAAUCCCUAUUAAGAAAAUAUACUCAUCAACUUUUAGUAGCAGUUUCAGUACUGCAUAACCAUGGUAUUGUUCAUAGAGAUAUUAAGACUGCGAACAUUUUUCUGACAGAUGAAGGAAACUGUUUGAAACUUGGAGAUUUUGGUUCAGCUGUUAAAAUUAAAAGUCAUACUACAAUGCCAGGUGAACUUCAAAGUUUUGUGGGAACACAAGCUUACAUGGCACCAGAAGUAUUUAUGAAGAAUGAAACAGGAGGUCAUGGUAGAGCAGCUGAUAUUUGGUCAAUUGGUUGCUGUAUUAUUGAAAUGGCUACUGGUAACAGACCAUGGGCUGAAUACGAUUCAAAUUAUCAAAUCAUGUUUAAGGUCGGCAUGGGAGAAAGUCCACAACUACCAAAGCACCUAUCAUUGGAAGGUAUCGAAUUUAUUAGCAAAUGUCUUGAACACGAUCCAAGAAAGCGGCCAACAGUCAGUGCUUUAAUGACGUUUACUUUUGCACGAUCAUACGAAGAUAUAAAUUCUGAUAUUUCUAUGCGACCUCUAUAAGGAGUUAACAAAAAAUAUAAUUUACAUGCACACCAAAAAUUUAGAAUAAAUAAAGUAUUAUAUAUCUCUUUA